AUGAUGAAUGGAUUAGAUAAAGCAACAGAAUCACCAUCCAGAACAGGAUCAGGUAUAUCAGAGACAUUGUCAAAAAUGAAAUUUAUGCAAAAUAAAAAAGAAGCAGCAUAUAGGGAAGAGUUACAAGCGAAAUUAGAGAAAUCAAUAAAAGAUUCACAUUGGGUCGCCAAAGGAUCAUUCGAUGGUGAAACAUUAAAUACAAGUAGUACAAGUGAAGUUUUAGGAUUUAAAAGUGUUGGUAGAAUGUCAUUUGGUAGCUUUAACUCUAAUCUCGAUAAAUUAAAUAAAGAGAAAUCAGUUCAAAAUAAACAAAUUGAAGCACAAAGAUCAAAACACAUUCAAAUUGAUGAGAAAAAUAAUAUUAUAACUUUUAAAGAUGAUGAUAAUGAUCAACAAAUUAAAGAUAAAAUACUAAGUAAUAAUAAUAAAAAUAAUAAAAAUAAUAAAAAAAAUAAUAGUAGUAAUAAUAAUAAUAAUAAUAAUACAGAUAAAAAGAUAAAUGAACCAAAUGUAAAUAAUAGUCAAGAUAAAAAAUUUAAAAAUACAAUUGAAGAUGCUGAAAAAUUUUUAAAUCAAGUUUUAAAAGAAAAAGGUAUAAAGAAAAAUAAAAGAAAGAAUGAAGAUAAUGGUGAAAAUUUAAAAAAGAAAUUUAAAAAAUAA